CGGUGGUCCUACCCCCAGAACGCGCAGCAGCGGACGCGGCCUCAUUAAAGCUUUGACAAGAGUCUGAAUCAGAUCUAAAUGCGACUUUCUCAUCGUGUUUAACUUUAUUGAACACUCCAACGUCUGGAUAAUGGAUCUCUACAUGAUCGUGUUGUUGUGUUUGUGCGGGCUGCUGCGGGCGCAAGACACCACAGAUUCGAGCUUGCUGGACAACUGCUGUGAGGAUGGUAAAAAGCGAGGCCUGGAGUCUCAGGACUGCAGCAGUCUGCCGCUCAUCUCUGAAUCUACAACCUGCAGGGUGGUUCAGGAGCAGUGUUGCUCAGCGGUUCUGGAGGACAGCAUCUGCACCAGUGGUAUAAACAUGGCCAAAGAUCAGAGCAGCUGCGACGCUCUUCUGUCCGGCAGCACCUGCGAAACCAAGACCACAAAGAUGUGCUGUGAGUGCUGUCUGCUGGGUCGAGCGCUGCAGGAUCAGGGUCUCUCCUGUGAGCUCAGUCUGCCGGUGGUCUAUCAGUGCGGGCAGGUGUCCAGAUCCUGCUGUGUGGACAAACAACCAGCACACGGAGCCCAGCCAUCUGAGGGCGAUGCACAAAACACAGAGGACCAGUGCAAAGCUGCAGGUUGUGCUCAGCGAUGUCUAAACGGCACCUGCUCCUGUCUGGACGGAUUCAAGCUGAAAACUGAUAGAAAACACUGCGAAGAUAUCAAUGAGUGUUUGUUGGGUCCUCAUCACUGUGUGACGGGCGAACGCUGCAUCAACACACUGGGCUCUUACCGCUGCCAGAGGGAGAUCAGCUGCGGCACUGGAUACGAGCUCACAGACAACAACAAGUGCAAAGACAUUGAUGAGUGUGAUCUGGGCACUCAUAACUGCGCCGCUGUGAUGGAGUGUCAGAACACCGCCGGCUCUUUCCGUUGCCGUCCCAGAAUGCAGUGCGCUGUGGGCUUCAUUCAGGACGCUCUGGGCAGCUGCAUCGAUAUAAACGAGUGUGUGAGUGUGAAUGGGCCCUGUCCAGGGGGACAGAUGUGUUUCAACACUGUCGGCUCAUUCAUCUGUCAGAGACACUCGGUCACAUGUGGACGCGGAUACCAUCUGAACGCUGAGGGCACUCGCUGUGUAGAUAUUGACGAGUGCGCAGGGCCUGAUAACUCCUGCGAUGGACACGGCUGUAUUAAUCUGGUGGGCUCGUACCGCUGCGAGUGCAGGACCGGCUUCAUCUUCAACAGCAUCAGCAGAUCCUGCGAGGACAUUAAUGAGUGCAGGAAUUAUCCUGGUCGUCUCUGUGCGCACAAGUGUGAAAACAUCCUGGGCUCCUACAAGUGCAGCUGCACCACUGGAUUCAAGCUGGCGGACGAUGGCAGAAACUGUGACGACGUGAAUGAAUGUGAGAGCAGCCCCUGCAGUCAGGAGUGUGCAAACGUCUACGGCUCAUACCAGUGCUACUGUCGCCGCGGUUACCAGCUGAGCGAUGCCGACGGCAUCACCUGUGAAGAUAUCGAUGAGUGUGCGCUGCCCACUGGUGGACACAUUUGCUCCUACCGCUGUCACAACACACCCGGCAGCUUUCACUGCACCUGCCCCGCCAGCGGAUACACACUCGCUGCCAACGGACGCAGCUGCCAGGAUAUUGACGAGUGUCUGACCGGGACUCACAGCUGCUCCGAGUCCGAGAGCUGCUUCAACAUCCAGGGUGGAUUCAGAUGCUUAAACUUCGACUGCCCAGCAAACUACAGACGCUCAGGAGACACCCGCUGCGAGCGCUUGUCUUGUAAUCAGUCUAACGAGUGUAUGGCGUUACCCGUCCGCAUCACCUACUACCAGCUGACAUUUCCCGCCAAAAUCCCCGUCCCCACUGACCUCUUCCGCAUGGGCCCGUCCAACACUGCGCUCGGGGACGAUAUCGAGGUGGCCAUCGUGGAUGGGAACCGGGACGGAUUCUUCGCCGCCAAACGUCUGGAUCACGGCGGCGUCCUGGUGCUGCAGAAACCCAUCGCUCAACCGCAGGACUUCCAGAUCGCGCUGGAGAUGAAGCUGAAGCGUUUCGGCCAUCUGAGCAUUUACCUGUUCAAGAUUCGGCUGUUCGUCACGCCCGACGACAUCAGCAACGCUAUUAGCCAAUGAGCUAAUCAUGCUUGCAAAUAUACAGCCUUUAAGGGGAUUCUGGGAAGGAAAUCAAGAGUCAAUUUUUAGUGCAAAAUUUAGUCUGAUUUAUCAACAUAAAACUUUUAACUCAAUAGAUUAUCAGUAAAUAAGAUAAUAAAGAGGUCAAAUAGUUGUCAUUUUUAAUUAGUGGUAAAACUCUUCAGUGAAAUAUGGUGGUAAAAACUCUGAUUAAAAAACGGUCACAAAUAAAAAAGCAAGCACAAACUAUUAAACAGAUUGAGCACAUUUAAAACUGAUAUUUUGUCAAAUAUUCACAUAAAUUGGUAAAAAAAAAAUAAAAAAAAAAAAUAUAUAUACAUAUCACUUUAUUUUGAUGGUCCAUUUGUUGAAUUUAAAUUACAUUGCAACUAUUCUCAAUAGAUUAUAAGUAGACUGUUAGGUUUGGGUUAGGGGUAUGGUUAGUGUAAGCUGACAUGUACUUGAAUUGGUUAGAAAAGAGAUCUAAUCUAAAAAUGCAGAUUUCUGGUAAAUAAUGCAUAAAAAGUGUUACAAUUAUUCAGGAAAAAGAUGAAAACAAAUCAAGGAAAUAAACUAAGAGUAAAAAAUAAAUAAAAGUAAAAAGGUGUAAUACAUAAAGAAAUGAGCAGUAGCUAAUUAUUUAUCACGAAUCUGAAAUCUGUAACACUUUUUAAAUGAAUAAAAAUGAUUUAAACAUCUGCAAUGAAUACAAAUAAUAAUCAUUUUAGUGAAUCGUCCAUGCAUAAUGUAAAAAAAAAUCACAUUUUUAAAUACUGAUUUACAGUAAAGGUUAUUAUAAAUAGAGUUCAUGAAUUUUAGCUGAGGUUUUACUUCUAGAAAUUGUCACAGUAACACACUGAUUGCAUUUGAUUGAAGCUGAUUUCUGAGAUAAGAGGAGUAUAAGAGGCGUAUGAGCCACACGUAAAGAGCUGAAGCGGGAGAUUCUGCUGUAAUUAUCUGACUGUAAUGUGAAGAGAUCAGAUCUGCUGUUCAUCAUCAUUAUAUACUGAAGCUCAAACUGUGAUCCGCCUUUAGAUGGCGCCGUUACGCAACACAAACCAACUGCUGUCACUAUCUAUUAUUAUUAGUCUAGUCUGUCUUAUUUUCUAAUAAAACUUUACUGACUUUAACAUUC